AUGUCGUUCCCAUGCAUUGCAAAUCGCCACUGCAAAGGACUUGUUUGUGACGACAAUGCGGAUGCUGCUGACUGGACGCUCACUCUCACGCGAGACGUGGAUGAGGAUGUUGAAGAUAUCGAGACCGAUGAAGUCAAAUCCGAAGAUAUCAAACCUGAAGACGUCGAGGUAGAAGAUGUCGAGCCUGAUGAUGUCGAAACCGAUGAAGCAGAGCCGGAAGACGUCAAGACUGAAGACGUUGAACUAGAAGAUGUCGAACCAGAAGACAUCGAAUUAGAAGACGUCGAUGCCGAAGCCGUCGAGCCUGUGACCGUCGAACCUGAAGACGUUGGGCCAGAAGAUGUCAAGCCCGAAGACCCCAGAGUUGUCGAGCUAGAAGACGUCGAACCCGGGGUUGUCGAGCUAGAAGACGACGAAGCAGAAGUCAUUGAGCCUGAAGCUGUUGAACCAGAAGCGCUUGGAACCGAAGACCAAGCCGAAGACGUCGAGACCGUAAAUGUUGAAGCCGGAGAUGUCGAAGCCGAAGAUAUUGAACCCGCAGAGUUUGACGAUACUGAAACAACACGCGAUUCCGAACCGGAUGCCGUAAGCGUGGAAGAGGUCGUCAAGCCAGGUUGCGAGCUUUGCCCCGAAGAAGUGGUUGAGGCACUGAUUCCGGUUCCAGAUCCGACACUUGCACCGCUAGAAGAUUGUGUGGAGACCGAUGAGGCUGCUAGUGUCGUAGAUGAUGUGGAAACUGGAGUUAGGGUAAGGUCAGUAGACGCCACGGUCUCGUUCGCGAAUGAGGAGUUGAUGGAGCUCGAGGGGCUUGAGGUCGUGCUAUCUGAUGAGUUGUCUGAGGUCCGUGCAGGUGUUCUCGAAACCGGUGGAGAUGUGAAUGGUGACGUGCUGCUCUCUUGGUGGGUACUCGUGGCUUGGGAAGACGUGUCUGGGCUGGGAGGGAUAGCUGAAGCAUUAUUGACAGCUGGUGAAGUGGAGAGGGGCUCUGCUGGGAUUGAAGGCCGCAAGGCUGUGGUUUGGGGGAAUUGCGUAGCGUUCGGAAUGGUGGAUGUCGUCGAGGAUCCCUGGGGAAGUGUGGAUGUCGACUGA